CAGCAGGUCAUUGAAUGGAGUUCUUAUAUGAAAAGGCGAGGGUGAAAAAUAUAUAGGUCUUCCUUUGCUGUCAAAAGAAGUGGACUCCGCUUCCAGGAUAUGUUCAGUGGUCGAAUGUCGAAGAGGCUGUCGAAGAGGUAUUUCCUAUGGCUGGCUGGCAUCUGUACUUUUGCUUCCUUCUUCCUGGUAUGGUGGCAAUGGCAAGAGGCGUCCUCCGUGCCAGAUCAACAACACGGACUGUACGCGCUGCCUCAACCACUCGAAGAGAGGCGGCACACCAUCACGCGCAUCCGUAACUCAGCACACCUCAUGGUGUCUGCGUUUCAGGACCACCGGAGAGGCGGGGCCAUCCGGGUGAUCGGCAUCAUCAAGAGGGAGGAGCUUCAGCAGUUGUACUGCGUGCUCUGCAUUCGUACUGCUGCAGCUGGUGAUCUGUGUGGGUCUUCAGAGGCACAAGUUGAAAUACACAGCGACCACUUUGACUUUCCUUACGGCACAUCAGACAUAUUGUGCAGUAGCCCGUGGUCCACCAAGGCCACACAUGUCAGCAUAACGACUGACCCCCGGGUCGUGCAGAGUUUAGAAUAUUUGCCCAUACAAAACAAGGAGCAGAGAGGGGAAUCGUUCAAAUACGAUUUCACCGUGUGCAUAUCCAACCUCUUUGGGGACUUCGACAAUGCCCUGCAGGUCGUGCAGACAAUGGAGGUCUACAAGCUGCUUGGCGUUGAGCGAGUGGUCAUGUACAACACCAGCUGUGGGCCAGCUCUGGAGAAAGCACUCCAGCGUUACAAGCGAGAGGGCUUGCUGGAGGUCGUGGAUUGGCCAAUAGACAAGUUCCUGAAGCCCUCUCAUGGGUGGAAGCCCAGCAUCUCGCCCGGGGACCUUCAUUAUUACGGCCAGCUGACCACGCUUAACGAAUGCAUAUACAGACACAUGUACCAGUCGCGAUACCUUCUCCUGAACGACAUUGACGAGAUUAUUAUGCCGUACGAACACGCCAGCCUAGGGGACUUAAUGGACGCCUUGCAGGAGCAGUAUCCUGACGCCGGGGUCUUCAAAGUGGAGAACCCCAUUUUCCCCAAAACCCAGUUUGACGACAGCGGGCGGUUUAGCCGUCCCGAGUGGAAGGGUGUGCCGGGGUUAAACAUCCUGGAACACAUUUACCGCGAGCCCGAACUUCACCAGAACAUGACCGUCAGGCCCUUCAAGAUGAUCGUCGACCCUCGCCGCGUGGAGCAGACGUCCGUGCACACGCCACUGAAGCACUUUGGACCCUUCGUCUAUGUCCCGUUUAACGUGUCCCACAUAAUUCAUGUGAGGUCGCCGCUGCAGAGAAAGCUCAGCAAGGAGCAGCUGAUUAAAGACGAUAAGCUGUGGGAGUUUGAGCAGGAGCUGAUUCCCAACGUCAAUCGUGUACUGAAGGAGUCAGGUCUGCUCUAAUCUGGGGUGCGUUUCUCCAAAGCAUAGUUGUUAGCCAGUUAGCAACUUGGGUAGUUGUCAAUGGGAAAUUGCAUUGUAAACAACAAAGUAGCUAACAUAGUAUAGCAACUACCGUUUCGAGAAAUGCACCCCUUUUUGACUGCCAGACAGGUCCAGUUUAUUGUGGCACAUUUCUUUAGUCACUUUUCUGGAUAGAACCAUCCAUAAUUAAUCAGUGCCUCUUAAAGUUGAUGGGGCAGGUUAAAUAAUUCCACCAUUAUUUUCACCACCAGUAUUUCCACCAUUUUCUUGUUGGCAAACACAUUUACACCAUUAUCCGUUUUGGUUGGGUACCGCAAAACCUAAUUACGAAAGAGUGACUGUUCUUCUUCCCCAUAAAGCAGUGCAUUGCGUCAUGUUGCUGUGUGUGCG